UAAACCUCCUCAAUCCAUAAAUACUAGGAGCUCACCCCUGCAUCUUUGCAAGUGUUAUCUCCUCUAUGAAAUUGACAUCAACUCGAUUUUGAAUAAUUGAAAAUGGUUGUAAGCUCGAGGCAAACAAUGAAAGCUGUAGUUAUAAACGAAUUCGUCAACAACUUUGAUGAAGUCAAGGUCUCAGAAAUCGAAAGACCGAUCCCAACAGCAGACCAAUAUCUCAUCCAAGUCAAGGCCGCCGGGGUAAACUUUGUCGAUACCCUCUAUGCCAAAGGAAAACACCAAAACAACCGAUCCCUAGUACGGCCGCCCUUCAUACUAGGCCUAGAAUUCGCCGGCAUCAUCCUCUCCUCCCCACCCGCCUCCUCCUUCCGUCCUGGCGACAGAGUCUUCGGAGGCAGCACAGGCUCCUACAGCGAGAUAAUCUCACUCGACGCCUCAACACCCCUCCACCACAUCCCUCCCAAAUGGACAUUCGCCCAAGCUGCCGGAUUAGCCGCCACGCUCCCCGUAUCCUUCGCGGCACUCGUUCAGGCCGGCAUCAAGCACGGCCAGACCGUCUUGAUCCACGCUGCUGCGGGAGGACUCGGUAUAAUGGCCCUCCAGGUUGCCGCGGCCAUGGGAUGCCGGGUGAUAGGAACGGCGGGCUCGUCUGAGAAGUGUGACGUGGCUCGACAGUCGGGAGCUGAUGUCUGCAUCAACUACUCCGAGGACGCGGCGUGGUGGGAUCGUGUGCUGGAACUAACUGAUGGACAGGGCGUCGACGUCGUCUUUGAUCCCGUCGGCCUCGUUGACCGAAGCUUAAAGUGCAUUGCUCACAGAGGCAAAAUACUGAUUGUAGGGUUCGCUGGUAUCAAGGACGACAUGGAGAAGAUCGCGAUGAACAGAGUUCUUUUGAAGCAGGUAUCUCUGAUUGGUUAUAGGAACCGGCUAACCUGGCCUUCGCAGCGAUACGGCGAGAGCUUGCGACGAUAUCCUGAAGAAGAAAAGGCCAUCUGGGACCAGCUGCGGCCCUUGAUGGAGACCGACAAAAUACGGCCCGUCAUCUAUCACGUCGAGUACCCUGGCCUUGAAAGUGUCCCCAGGGCUCUAAAAGACAUGACAGGCCGCAAAAUCUGGGGCAAAGCAGUCGUCACUUUGGAUGAUGACAUUAGUGGCCAGCCUUUGACAAAGCUCUGA